AUGGGUAUUUGCUUGACAUCUCCUGCUUCUCCUCCUGAUCCUCAUCCUAACACCAACAUAUCAUCAACUACAGGUACAUCUGGAAAUCACAGCAGCAGCAGGAACAUAUUUUCAAACACAAGCAGCAGUGCAGGAAGAAGUCAAUUUUCAGAGGCAUCAAGCCCAAGAAUGGAAGAGCCACAGCAAACCAAUGGGCAGAUUUUGGACUCACCCAACUUGAGAGUUUUCACUUUUGCAGAGAUGAAGGCUGCCACUAGGAAUUUCAAGUCAGAUGCAGUGCUGGGUGAGGGAGGGUUUGGGAGAGUUUUCAAAGGUUGGGUGGAUGAGAAAACACUUGCACCUUCUAAGGUUGGCAUUGGAAUGAUGGUUGCUAUCAAGAAAUUGAACCCAGAAAGUGUGCAAGGUUUUCAAGAAUGGCAGUCAGAGGUGAACUUUCUAGGAAGGCUUUCUCAUCCAAACCUUGUCAAGCUAUUAGGAUACUGUUGGGACGACAAGGAGCUUCUCCUUGUCUAUGAGUUCAUGCAGAAAGGAAGUUUGGAGAAUCAUCUUUUCAGAAGGAGCGCCGGCAUUGAACCACUAUCUUGGGACAGAAGGCUAAAAAUAGCUAUCGGAGCAGCUCGGGGCCUAGCCUUCUUACAUGGUUCAGAAAAACAAAUCAUAUACAGAGAUUUCAAGGCCUCAAAUAUACUGCUUGAUGGGAAUUUCAAUGCAAAAAUUUCAGAUUUUGGAUUGGCGAAAUUGGGGCCAGCUGGUGGAGAGUCACAUGUUUCGACUAGGAUUAUGGGCACCUAUGGCUAUGCUGCUCCAGAGUACAUUGCAACAGGUCAUUUGUAUGUGAAGAGCGAUGUGUAUGGCUUUGGAGUUGUGUUGCUUGAAAUUCUGACAGGGUUACGAGCACUCGAUACGAAGCGCCCUAAGGAGCAACUACAACUGGUAGAGUGGGCUAAACCACUUCUCCUUCAUAAAAGAAAGCUGAAAAACAUUCUGGAUGUGCGGAUGGAAGGUCAAUAUGCCUUCAAGGCAGCAUUACAAGCAGCACAGAUUACUCAAAAGUGCCUAGCACCGGAUCCUAAAAGCCGGCCCUCCAUGAAAGAAGUUGUGGAGGAAUUGGAAAAGAUUCAAGCAAUCAAGGAGAAGCCAAAGCAAUCCAGACUUGCAUCUGCGCACCUACUUUUAGUUUUGGAAGCAAUAAACAGUCUGUUCAUCGGUCUCCGCUUCACUUUAGGUAUCAUGGCACUGAGUAAAUGA